AGUCCACGGCAAGCAAGCAUUGGAUACGGACGACUAUAACGACGACUGGACAGUUCUAGUCGCGAUCAGAUCGAGAUCCGAAGUUUUCUGGAAACGGACUUUGUCGCUGCUGGAAGUUGCGAAAUUUCCACAGCGGAAUCUUUCCGGGAAGUGUUUGAGUCACACCUUUGCGGUGACAUUUCGGUGUUUUUCAUUGCCUGGCGUCGGUUGCCAUAGCAUUUUGGCCAUCGGGCGAAGCUAACUGAGUUGAAGAUUUAUGGCGUCAGUCACUAAGCGUUCGUAAGAGGAUGUGUAAUACAAGAAGUGAGAUAAUAUUUAAUUAGAAUACAAGAAGGAAGCGUAGUGUGGUUUUUCUGAGUGUUCCGAGGGAAGUCUAUAAGAAUGCAAUAAAAUAACAAAAAGUGCUAACAGAAGAGGAAUUUGGUGAAUUUUUUCGGCGUUCCUUCUGAGUGAAUUUCCGCCAGCGUGAAGACCAUCAAAGUCUUGAAGGGGUCGAACGGACAGUGUAUUUAUUUUUAGUGAAAUAAUGAAGGCUCUCAGCCGUUGGUGAUUUGCCCGCUGAAAUAUCAAGAAGAAGAAGCUGUCAGUCAAACUCAUUCUCAAUUUACGGGAAGUCGUCAACGGGCGGCAGCAAAGGCGAAGCAGAAGAUUUAGAGGUCGAGUGACCAUUUCAAGUUUUUCCCGAAAAAAAAGCGAAUCACUGUUAACCGAAAUAGAACUGCAUCAGGUUCGUGCGGGUCCAGGAGGAGAAGAAAACUAUGCAAAGCAGGAAAUCUAUGCUCCACUGACUCACGCUCGCUUUUGCUAGAGGAAAGCGAUGCUUCUCGGUAGCAGCCAGACGCAACAUCAAAACCCUGCACGUGCUACUGGAUAGAGAAUCGCGAUAGACGAACGAAAACAGCCUGUGUGCAAGUGUGAACUAUUUAUAGUUAUCCCACGAAGCCAGAGAAAAAUCGAAAAGUAGAUCACCAACUAGUCACGAAUUAGGCCGUUUGGUAAAGGUGAAGGGGACGGUCUGUCCCUCCUAAUGCUCCGGUUCUUACCUGGAAGACCACCAACGACGCCAAAAUGUCAUUCUGUCGCAUCACCGGCAAAUGCCGGUCCCUACCGAGGUCCAACUACUUUCCCAUGCUACCACCCAUCUCGCCAGCAGAUGCAAAACGAUUCUGUCGCAUUACGGGAAAAUCCUACGGACUUCCAUCCCACCACUACAUCCCCGUCAUGCUGAUCAAAGCCUCCGGUAAGGCGAAGUGUAAGGUCACCAAUGUAUCUGGCGAACUGGAUCCUCAUCACUACCAGCCGGGAAAUUAUGGCAACCGUAAACACGUAGUCUUGUGUCAGGUCCGGUAUGUCUUCCCAGUUCUGGACGACCAAGACGAAGCCCAGAAGAACCUGACAAACAUCCUGGUUCAGAAAACCAAAAAGAUCGAGCAGAACCUCUACGUCUACCAGGUUGACGAACGAAAUUUCGGUUUGGUCUUCCCGGCCGUACUGGAAGCUGCCGUCCGCGACGGAGACGUUCGCGAUGUCAUGCUUGCCAAGGAGUCCGACAAACUGCUCAUAAAGCUCAAAAAAGGCAACAGCAUCGCCGUUAGUCUAAAAAACAUCGAGCAAGGUGACCUGGAAAACCUCUUCGAGGGUGAAGGCCCUCGCGAAGAAGUUAUAAAAAAACGGGAAAAAGAAGACGCCCAACGGCCCAAACCAAAGGGAAAAUCGAACCUCUCCAGUAUCGCCAACAUCUUCGAGCAGAAGGAAAAGAUCCAAGAUCUCCAAGAAGAAGAAGAGCAGCAGUUCAUCGAAGCUCACCGCGAAAAGGCGGUCCGUCUAGCCGAGGAACGUCGCGAACGACAACGCGAAGAGAAACUGAAAGCCCUCAAGCUCAACGAACAUCUCAUCGAACAGGACGCCGAACUCAACGAUCUUGUCAAGCCCAUGAUCGAAUCCUGGGACUGGAGUACCCUGGAAAAGGAAGCCUCCGACACAGGCACCACCACUACCACACUCAAAUCCCUUCCAGAACCGCACCUCGUCACUCCAAUUAACCUUCCACCCAAACACCUGCAAGUAGACAACGCCAUCCUGGAAAAAUCCUCCGGCAUGGAAGCGGCCUCCUUCGUAGGUUCCAUCACCCCGUCCAAGAUCGAACUCAAAGUCGACCGCCAGAACGCCAUAAAAUCCCUAUCCCUGGAAACUCUCGAUGCCCUUGCCAACGUAAAGGAAAAACUCUCCGCCCAAACCGAGCUCCUCCCACAUCUGGACGAUCUUGCCUCAGUUAUCACCCGUCUGCAAGACUCCCAACCAUCGGUUGUCAAUGGAGUGCCCGGCGUCAAACUGGUCGUCAACCACCAGGAAAUCUUCGUCCCCGGUCAAACCCUAAUGAUCAACAACAAAGCAACCUUCAUCCCGGGUCAAACCAUCGAAAGCCACGACGGUCUGCUGGAGUUUGUGCCGGGAGUUACGAUCACCUCCCACGAUAGCAGUUCGAUCCAUUUCAUUCCCGGGGAGAUCGCUCUUACCAAAGGCGGAAAGCCGCAGAACUUCAUUGCCGGAAAGGUGAUCGAUGGGAAAUUCGUUUGCGGUCAGGUCCUGACAAUCAACGAUGAACCACACUUUGUGCAAGGUCAAACAAUUGUCACACCGGAGGGCGUGAGCAAGUUCGUAGCCGGAGUGGUCGACGAGAAGACUGGAGGCUUUGUUCCGGGACAGAACAUUGAAACCCCUGACGGGGUCAAGUUCAUCCCAGGACAGACCAUCACCGUCAACGGAAAGGAGAAGUUCAUCCCCGGACAGACGGUUAUGAAGAGCAACAAUGAGAUGGUGUUCGUUCCGGGUCAAACAGUGGUCGACGAAGAGGGCGAACCGAAGUUCGUCCCUGGCAAGACAAUCGUAACGGCGGAAGGAUCCAAGUUCGUUCCCGGUCAGUACGUGAAUGACGCGUUUGUGCCUGGAAUAUCCGACGGGGAGAAGUUCGUGCCCGGAGUCAACAUAGAAACCAAAGAAGGAUCCAAGUUCGUACAAGGCCAAAUCGUCCAUACUAAACAUGGUGAUGUUUUCAUGCCGGGUUCGACGAGUGUGGACGACAAGGGAGAGGUGAAAUUCGAUGUCGCUUCAACGAUCGAAGCUGUCAAAUUCAGUGAAGCCACACUGGUUGGCAUGGUGAUGGACAGUGAAAAUAUGAAGAUCACAGAACCCGCCUUGUGCGUGUUUGGACACAUGGUUCAGCAGGAAACUGGAGUGGAAUUCUAUCCGGAGAAGAUCAAGAAAGAAGAUCUCCCACAAGGCAAGAUCGUUCCCGGAAAACUGAUCAAACAGCUGGCCCAGACCAAGUUCAUCCCCGGAAUCAACGUGGAAGAUGGAUUCAUUCCGGGGCAGGUCGUGCAAACUGACCAGGGUGAACAGUUCGUCCCGGGUCAGGUGAUUGAGACAUCCGAAGGGCUCAAGUUCGUGCCAGGACAGAUCGUUGAAACCAAAAGUGGAGCCAAGUUCGUUCCAGGUCAAACUAUGCAAACGGCCGAUGGUCCACGGUUCGUACCGGGUCAAAUCAUCAACACCAAAGCCGGACCGACGUUCAUCCCAGGUCAGGUAAUCAGUACGGAUGACGAUGGCGAGAAGUUCGUUCCGGGUCAGGUCGUCGACACCGACGAUGGUCCACGUUUCGUACCUGGUCGAGUGGUUGAAACGGAAAAUAAGGUUACAUUUAUCCCAGGAAGGAUCGUUCAAACGGCCGACGGACCGAAGUUUGUCGCUCCGGACUUGAAGGAUACGGAAGAUGGCGAUGAGGAGUUCCUGGUGCAGAGCUUUGCGGUCACUCCAGAGGAGCUGAAGCUGUUGAAACCGACGCAGGCUUCUUCGACGACGACGUUCGAAGGGUCAGAAAGCUCAGUGAUUGUCACUUUGGAUAGCUCGAUGCUUCAGCAACUGUCGGAAGCCGGCAUGCAUGUUGGACGGCAGGUUGAAGCCUCAGCCGUCGAUUACGUUCUUGAGAGUACGAAGGAACGGAAGGCUUUGAAACAGUUCAUAGCUGAGCACAACAUCGAGAACGGAAGUAUGGAUGUUCUGGAGAACUUGUUCGAUGGACUAAAGGCGGUUUGCAAACGAGUUGAUUUGGAAUCGCUACAGUACGGAACCGAAGAUGAGAAACUGCUGGACACAUCCGUUUGCAACGGUUCGAUAGGAGCGGUGGAAUCGUUGGCUGCGAACUUGGCAUCGAUUUUGGCAAACACCAGUGAACCGGAAAAUUGCAACAUGUACGAGGUGAUCGCCGAAGCGAUCAGGAUGUCCAACGGAGAGUACAGUAUAGAAGAACUGCAGCAUGUGAUGGAGAGCCCGGCGGCAGUGGACUAUUUGGCUGGAGUGGUCAACAAAACGAUCGUCAAGAGCAACAUCGAUCAGAAACUGAAGACGAUCACGGCUUUGGUUGGUGAAGAAGUUGACGGACGAGAAGCAACGGUUGCGCCCCCCAGUGGGGCUAUUGAAGAAUUCUGCCAGCUGAUGGACAACGAUCGGAUAUCGCAAGCGUUCGUCAAUCUACUGAAGAAGGACGAGAAUCUGUUCAAAUCGAUUGUUUCGAGUUUGAAGACCUCCGGUGUAGUGGAGGAUAGUGUGAAUAUCUCGGAGAUUUUGCAGGCAGCUGUCGUGGGCAGCAUACAAGAUAAGGCACAAACUGCGAUCUUUGAAUUGCUAAAUGAACCAAAUCGGGAUCAGUUGACGGCUUUACUGAGGAAAUCCGAAGGACUGGCCGUGGCUCUCGGAAAUAGCAAAGAAUCCGAAGCCUUUAAAUACUUACUGACACAUCCGGAAGCGUUGAAAGACCUGAACAAAGAGGACGAGCUGUUCACCAUCAUCAAUCGAGUGCUGAUCAUGGAAGAGUUGGCCGAAGAUGACGAUGAGUAUCGAGAAUUGAUUGAUAGCUUGGAGAAGACCCCUGCACACGCUACUAAGAGUGAUAAACUGCGCGAUCUGAUUCGACAGAGUGGAGCUCUGUCCUUCGCUCCGACCAAGAAGCAUACGAUCGAAUCGUCCAAGGACGUCCCGUUAUCGCUGUUCUACACCAACAAUCAAUUGGCCAUUGAAGAUUUCUUCCUGAAGAGCGGUCAAACUCAACGACACUGUCCGAAGGCGUUCUUGAUCAUCAAGCGGGGCAUCCAGGCGGUAAUCCCUCGCGAAUCCAGCCACGAAGUCCUGGCCGGUAAGAUUGCCUACACCGUUCUGGACGAGCACGGCAUCCAUCAGUUCCAACCGAUGAAUGUCCUCAACGCGCUGAAGAUCACACCGCGCUUCCUGAAUCGUUUCUCGAUGUACACUUGUGAUAUCUGCGAAGAGCCGGAUGUGGACACGCUGAGCAGUAGCAGCAGCCACGGGGACGGCGAUCUGGACGAAGUUCACCACCAGUACCACCGCACGUACCGGCCCUUGUCGCGGAAGGGAUCCCUGUACAGCAGUGCCACCAGUGGGGGCGGCGGCCAUCACUUGCCAAGGAGAGGACAGAUAGACAGACUGGAAACGGCGUACCACCGGCCAUCGACGACGAUGAAGAACGGUUACCACGAACGAUACGCGCACCACGUUGAGAACAUGAAGACUCUCCCGAUGGCAAUGCGGAUAGCGAUCAAGGCCUCACUCUCGCGGGAAGCACCGAUCAUCAAAUCCUCCAGCCGGGACUACCUUCAUCGGUCCUCGUCGCUGGCCCGGCUCAAGUGAGGCUGAGCGGAAACACUAGCUGCGCUGCGGCCUCUGCUGUGCGGCUCGGCUGUUGUUUAGGCGAAUAGGAAUGUCCGACUUGUGGCCGCGACAAUGGUGGUCGUGAAAUUGGUACAGAUUUGGGUCAGUUCCGAAGGUUUUUUCUGUCGAAGUACAGAGGGUGCCUUCUCAUGGAAGACAAAACCUAUGUCAAGAUGGACUUCAGGCAGGUUCCCGGACAAAAGCUUUAUCUGGCCACAUCACGGGGUG